AAAACAGCUUGAUAAUUUAAUGCAAAUUGUAAUAUCGAACAAUUCCUGCUUAAUUCCGCUCUAGCUCUGAAUUUUACUUUCCGAUUUGUCAUUGAAAUUUUAGCUGAAAGACAUGAUUCACUUGAAUAAAUUUUAAAAAUGGUCAUCUAUUUUUUAAACAAACUAGUUUGCUGACUUAAAUAACGUGUUAAUAAAUGGAAUCUUUUUCAAGCAGCUUCUCUGUUACUAUAUCCGGAAUAAGAAAAAACCAAGUUCAAUGUCAAGUCUCGUGGAAGCGGACUUUGGUGCUAUUUACCUCGCUACUUAUCUUACUCGGAGCUUUAUCAGAUGCAGUGUCAAUCAGAGAGUCAGAUGUGCCAAUAGCUCCUAGCUUUACCACCCAGAUCAGUCCAGUUGUAGUCGUACCGGCAUUUAAUUCAACAGGCAGACCUGAAGUAUACUGUUAUGCUGUCGGCAAUCCUGAACCAAGCAAGUAUGAACUGUGGGUGGGAGAAUUUUUCCUCGCCUCAUCUACUGAACACCAGAGUGAGAAGGAAGGUACAUCAGCCCCGCCCAUCUCUCUGCUCCCAGUGGAGAACAGGGGUCCCCUGCUGGAUCAGACGGGGGGACUCUAUAGAGUCCAGUGCAAGGCAAAGGGGGAGGGACUGGGAACAUCAGUCUCAUCCUCAUUUUUUGUCCAAGUCAUUAACGUUUCGCCACAUGCAUUCAAAGACGUGUCAGUGACAUCUGGACAAAAUGGAGCUUCUUUGAUUUUAAAAUGUGUGGAUGAAAAUCUAGAGAAGGACAUUGACCAAUCAAAUGCAAUAUCGGGGGACCUACGCAGUCGGAUUACUUGGGUUGACCAAUUAGGCAGGACUAUAUCAGCCAGAGCUAGUUCGGAAACGGAAAGCAGUUUUGUGACUCACAGAGGCGACUUGGCGCUGCUGCGCUUGCAAGCGUCUGAACCUGUGUCCUAUUGGUGCUUGCUGGAUGAAACAAAGUUGUCAAAGAUAAGCGUUCAAAUUAUAAAUUCUGAAGAGUCUGAGAGUGAACAAAGUGAGUUUGUGUUGGAGCCAAGAGAUACAGUGGCGAUUGCUCACUCCACAGAGUUUGUCCAGUUCGACUGCAUAGGCCCCAAUGGAUGCAAGCCAGUUUGGUUCUUCGAAGGUGGUCGCAUCAAACAAGAGGCUUCCUACCAUCUCAAAAUUCACAGACCGGACAUCUCUCGUCAGGGCAGCUACUCGUGUGGGUGCAUCUCGGAAACAGAAGUCACACACUCGGAAUCACCACAAGAACUGCCUCAGUCCAUUAGGGCAGCUAGACUGAAAGUGUUACCAUUGGUUGUGGACUAUGGACUGAACCAGAGAAGUUUCAAAGUGAGAGUAUUUGACAAACUAGAAGUGCCUUGCACUCUACAACUGCCCAGUGCACUUGGCCGAGAGAGUGAUCAGCAGACAGACGUGAACCAGUUCUACUCUUUCGGAUGGUACCACAACGGGUACAAAUUCAAACGGCCAGCGAGUGAUAAUGAAACUAAUUCCACGAUGUUGGAAAUGAGAGUGGACGACAAAUCAGGUGGACUUGUAGUGACUCCUCACUCGCGCAACAACAGGACGGGAGGCAUCUUCCAUUGCUACGCAGAGCCCAAACAGACAUACCCCACUCUACCCAUUGUGGUAUCCGCUCCGGUUCUCAUCCAGAUUCAGUAUGAAGAAACAGAGGUGCGUUUGUUGGUUGAUGAAAAAUUCAGUCCAGUAAUUGAAGGUCACCUAGUCGAACUUAACUGCACUGUCACUGGAGGCUCUCUCAAGAAAUCAGUCACGUGGUAUCUGGACGACCAGCUAAUCGAGAACAUUCCAGAACAUUCUACGACAAAGAUCUCGGAAAAUGAUGAAAAAUUGGAGUUUGUGUUGGUGUUGCGGGAAGUGAGAGUGAAGCAGGCGGGACUGUACAAGUGUGUGGCGGAGGAGGAGUUGGAUGUGAUGAGGACGAAGAAGACAACUGAGAGCAACCAACUGCAGCUCAAAGUGCUCCACAGAACAGCUCUGAUCGAGGGAGUGCACAACUCGUGGGCGCCUCGACUCAGUUCGGCCGAGAUGCACUGUCUGUUCCGAGUGGACUCAACUCUACUACAUAUGACGUCAUCAGACGAAAUAGAAGAAGCAGAGGCCUACUCCGGGGAGUCGGAACUUGAGAAAGAGGAGCGAAGACCUCUUUUCCGAAUCCUGUGGAAGUUCUGGCCCUCUUCAGCUGAGAGGGAGUUGGAGGAACCUGUUGUGUAUGAAGAGAACAGCUGGGAAGACCAAUAUGUUCAAGUGUCUCGUCAGCCAGUAGAUGAUAAAAAUGUGAAGGUGAGAGAAGGUGUAAUAGAUGGGACAACUAUCGUGAACAACUCUCUCUACAUAGACCGUAUAGACGGGGAGAGAGCGGGCAUUUACACGUGUGAAGUGGACACCAUAGCAGGCUUCGAGUCAUCAAGCGGAAACUUCUCUGUUUAUUCUGCUCCCUCCUCGCCUGUGAAGCCGUCAGUGGAGCUAUUCACAACUAAUAGACAGGGAGACAGUGCCACCCUCAGUUGGCGAACAGUGGCAGAUGGCAACAGUCCCAUCUCUCACGUCAUAGUCCACUUCAGAAAGACUCAAGCACAGGGACAAGAUAUCAUCAACGAAGAAGAUAUCAGCUGGGAAACAUUCGUUACGAAAUAUCCGCCGCCUAGUUCUGACAUGACGAAAGUGAGACUUUUAUCUGUUUUGAAGCCAUGGAGCUCUUAUGUGUUCAAAGUGCAACUGAACAACUCAAUCGGCUAUGGGAAGUUCAGUGAUCUCAGCAAUCCAGUUGUCAUUCCCGAAUCAACGCCAGACAGGGCGCCGGAUAAUGUAAUCGCCACAGCUGUAAAUUCCACAGCUGUUGAGGUCACAUUCUCACCUGUAAGCUCAGAACAUGCUAAUGGGAGGAUUGUGGGUUACCAUGUUGAAUACGGCUAUGUGGGAUUGCAAAGAAGACCCAUGAAUUUGGAGAUUGACAGUGCCUAUGCCUACUUGGUCGUGAUAUCGAAGCUCGGAGUUUACGAGACAGUAGAAAUUGCAGUUGCUGGGAGAACGGCCAAGGGAAUCGGACCUUUGAGUGAUAAGGUUCAAGUGAGGACUUUGGAGGAUGUGCCUUCGAAGAAUAUCAAGUUGUCUUUUGACCAGAGGGAUGUUACAUCGACCAGUGUGAAAGUGAGGUGGUCCAAAGUGUCCUCGCAGUACUGGAGGGGACCUCAGAAACACUACCUGAUUUAUGUCAGCGAUUCAGUGGAGAACAGAGAAAUUGAAGUGGAACCCCAACACGUAUCCUACACCAUCCAAGACCUGAAGCCAUUCACCAAGUACAGAAUAUCAGGCUCACUUUUCAACGGCUUCCACUACCCUGAAAAGGAUAGCAAUGUGUUGGAGGUCACGACUGACGAAUCGACAGCAGGACCUGUUAGUAAGAUUCGUCUGUUCGAUGUAACCGACCAGUCGGUGCGACUCGUGUGGUCCGAGCCACGAGAGCCGAACGGAGUCAUAUAUGCCUACUCGGUCGAGCUGUACAAACUGAAGGUUGGAUCGUAUGACGAAACCAUGACCUUGAGUGACCCUAAAGUGGUUCAAUUUGUGAAGAAGUAUUCAUCGUCUGCAGACAAAACGGAAAUUUCCAUUCCAGAGUUGAAGCAGUCCUCGCAGUAUGUGGUGAAUAUCAUGGCCCUGACCAAAUUAGGAAAGGGAGAGAACACUGUGUUCUCGUUUUCGUCCAGUGUGCCGCCGACCUUGCCCGAGCCACCCAAUAAUAUCGAAGUGGUCAAUCUCACAGCAACAGCAGCUUGUCUUCAGUUUUCGCAUGGGUUCAGUGGUCACACUUCAAUUAAUACGUGGAUUGUGGAGGUCAAAAUGGACUCUCGUGCCUCGUGGACUCAUGCUCUGAGAACAAACGUCACAGACAAGCCAGAGUUGACAUAUCUACAAUUGCACGAUGGGUUUCUAACACCAUUCACACACUAUACAGCCAGAAUCACAUCCUGCAACAUCGUCGGCUGCAGCAGACCAAGUGCCACCUCAAUCUCAUUCCAGACUCAGCCAGACCUUCCCAGAAUUCCGCCUCCGAAUAUCCUAGUGAGAGCUAUCAGCUCCACCGAAGUAGAAGUAGCCUGGAGUCUCCUUUCAGAACGAGACUGGAACGACAAGAUAUCGAAUUGUAGAUUCAACGUGCAGUUUAGUUCCAGUUCAGAUAGUGGAGUAAUGAAGAAAAUCGAACUAGAUACGAAGAGUAAUGAGACGGCGAUUCGAGGCUUGAAGCCGAAUAAGAUGUACACUAUUACUGUGAUGGCAAAGAAUAGUCGAGGAGAGCGGCUUGGCAACAGAAUUGAUGCAAAGACGUUCGAAAGUCUUCCAUGUGCACCGUCUUCUUUGAUGCAUAGACCAUCGGAGGAGCCGAACUCACUCAUUGUCGGGUGGGUGGAGAGUUCGCAACAGUGCCAGAGAGGAGAGAUACUCUAUUACGAGGCACAGCUGCUGUACAACCAGAAGCCGAUUGAGACAAUUAAAGUGGAGGUCAGUGAAAACAUGAUGGCAAAGUUUUAUGGUCUUCGUAGCAACUUGACCUACUACGCACAAGUGGCUGCUGUAAAUGGAGCUGGCAAGGGAGAGUGGUCGAAGCCUCUGAAGAAACGCGCCAUUCCUCGAGUUCCCGAGAAACCUGAGAAUGCGUGGAUUUUGAUGCACCGAGGACCGCCCUGCUCUUUCGAAGUGUUUGGCAAGUUCUUCAAAGAAGACUUCGUAGAGCAAAUACAUCUCGACUACUCCUUCAAUAAAGGAAGCGAAGUGACUGCUGAUUCCGAAGUGAAAAAUGCCGAAGAUUUUGUCGACGUUGAGUCCAAGUGGUUCAGCAAGACCAUAGAUGCAUGCAGUGACGAAGGAUCCAUCUCAGUGUCUGUAUUUUUCUCAAACUCUCUCGGAAACAGCGGCAAGAAAUUGUUCAGCACUUUUAUUCCGAGCAAGGGAGCAGAGAUUAGAUUGGACGCGUUCAACAAUUUAAACGAAGACACGACAUCGCGAGAAAGUUCGAUUUCGUGGAAUCACAACGAAAAAGUCAAAGUGCAGAAUUUCUCAUUGAGUGUAGUCCACUUGGUAGAUGAGUUCACAAAUGAUAUGCCAGAGUUAGGAGUGACUAGUUAUGACAAUUCAGCUAAAAUAGUCGGGUUGACUCCGAAUCAGAAAUAUGAAAUAACCAUUGCAGCGAAUGGUUUCUUUGGGGAUUGUGCAAAAACGAGUGCGAUUAUCACAACAGAACCCGAUAUUCCGGACGCAAUACCGAGGAUACCAGACUACACAAUUAAGUCACGCAGAGUAGAAUUAUCCGGUCUCUCAGUCUCUGACAAGAAACUGAAUGGAAAUCUAGUCAAAUACGAGUUACAGUACAAGCUGAGAGAGAAUUCAACAGCCGACUGGCAGAGUGUAUUUUCAUCGGGAGACAGUAGUAGAAUGAGUAGUGGUAGGCAGUUGCAAUUAAACAGCAUGUAUGAGAUGAGAUUGGCAGUGUGUAAUCAGAUGGGAAGAGGACCAUGGACUCACCUGUUCUACGUCUUCGUCACACAGGACGAAAUAACAAAACCACCCCGGGAUGUGAAAGUGGCCGAGGGAAGUGCCGGCGCUUCUUUUGUGACACUGAGUUGGCACCACUCUCCCAGUCAGAACUCGGCUCUAGAUGCUCUGAACAUAAACGGAUACCAGGUGUGUUAUGGCAAGUCCCAACUGCACAUGGCGUGUGAGUUGCGAGCAGUGGGGGGAGGUGACAGUGGGACUUCGUUGACUGUGGAUGGUCUAGUGGGCUUCACUGAGUAUGUGUUCCAAGUGGGUGCUUUCAACCACCUGGGGUUGGGGCCACUCUCCUAUCCAAUCACAGUCACCACUGACAUAGGCGUGCCGUCGAGUGUUUCGAAAUUAUCAGUGGAUGUUUUGACUGACUCUCUUGUGGUGGUUGAGUGGAGUAGUCCAGUGCCUGCUCAGGGACCAAUUGAGGACUACUUGAUCACCUACAGGGCAAAAAGCAAAAACAACAACGGCAACAAGAGGUCGAGAAGAGAAGUUGGAGUGGAGACUUCCGAAGUGGACAGUGCCUCUCUCCUCGCAUCCUCUUUCAUCACUGACCCCCACUUAACCUCCAACUCAGUCACUCUGAGCGACCUGCAGCCAGGCCACACCUACUCUGUCUCAAUCAGAGCCAAAACGAGAGAGGGGUUCGGAGAUCCAGUCGCACACGAGGUGUUCAUGGGAUCCAGAGAUGAUUUACCGGCAGUGCCUGGGAAGCCAUGGUUUAAGAGGUCUGAAGAUGGAAACAAAGAUGAAGAAGGGGAGCUGGAAGUGCAGUGGAAGCCACCGGAUUACGAGAACGAUGAGGAGCCAGUGCUGAACUACGCUGUUUAUUUACUCUAUUCAGAUCGUUUCAAAACGGAAGCGGUCUUGGUGGAUAAGACACUAACGAAGGAAUGCAAACUAGUAGUGAACAUAAACGAGACUGGGAACCCCUCUGUGGACAGAAUCAUGACUGGACUCAGUAGAAGUAUUCGCAGUAGUAGUAGUAGUAGCAGUGGCUACUUGGAUUCUAUGUGGAUUGCAGUGGCCGCAAUCAACAGAAAUGGACAGGGACUCCUGGGACCACCAUCUGCUUAUAGCCCAGAGGGUGAACUGGAUUUGGUUGCUAAGGGUGUGGCCUCUUCUUCUUCGAGUGAGAGUUGGUACUCCCAGGCAUGGAUUAUCAUCAUCUUCCUCGCUCUCUUCUUCCUCUUAUUGAUCUGUCUUGCCCUGUGUGUGAAACUGCAGAUGACCAAUCACAAGUUCACUAGCAAAAAGAAGACCCGCAACAGAAACCAGAUCCACAAAGUAAUACUGGAAGCAAUAACAUGUGCUUCUUCGCACAAUAGCACCAAUGCAGAAACAUGUAAAGAGGAAGAAGAUACGAUGUUGCAGCGAAUCCACGAAGCUCAGGAGAUGCAAGACUACCUUCCGAACUCCUCCGAUCUAAAUCGGAAUUCCAUCGCCAGUACCACUGUGCAAAUGUCAACAUCAUCACACCCUAACUCAACCAACGCAAUAUUCAACAGCGUACCCGCGUUAGACAUUGCGCCUUCAAAACACAAUAUGGGAUCUCUGAGACGCAAAACAGGAGGGGGUUCGCACACUUUUCAGAACAGUUUAGCCCAUCAUAGACCCAUGUCACCCAUGGGGAGUGUGGGGGGCAAACAUAGGAGUAUGGAGUUGGGAAUGGGAGGGGCAGGGGGGUUCGAGAGUGGCGGGGGUUACAUGAGGGCGGAGGGGGCUCUGACGGGAUGUGAUCCGAGUGAAGAAAGAAUGGAGGGUGAUUCGGACUCGGCCAACUCAUCAUCGCAUCAGCCGGAUGCCUUAGAGGACUUUCAGCCUGGUUAUCCGCACCAUCAGGGAUCCAGAUUGGCCCCUUCUUCAUUCUCACCCUCUGGCGCAGACUCAGCCGUGGACUCCCCUUUAGCCUCCGAAAUGGGCACUUUUGGUCGAUCUCAUGCGAAGAGAAGUCAACAACUACAAGUAGCCACCACAACAACCCCAGCUAAUUUGAAUCCUAACACACUGUCGCAAACACGCGUCCCACUCCAUAUGAAUCAUAAUAAUAACAGUAAUAAUCACGUCAACAACAACAGCUAUAGUAAACAAGUGCCUGCGAGAUAUAUGAAUGGAAACGCUAUAGAAAGGAGUCCAGAUAUGUACUACCCACCUCCCAACGGGUUACCAGGCGUUCAGGGAAAUCAUCAUUCAUCCCUGGGUUACAACCCGUCCUCUGCACUGAGAUCCAGUAGAAGUGAUAGUGUGGGCAAACUUGGUGCUACUAUUGAGUUCGGAGACAAGUCCAGAAGUUCGGCAUCGCAAGUUCCACUGAGCAGCUUCAGGGCAAGUUUGGAGGAGGACGAAGACUCGGUUUAAAAUAACAUGCGCAUUAAUGGAUAAAUUGAUCCAUCAAAACUCCAUAUGUCUCUAUCUUUGAACUACAUUAAUUAGUUUUCUAUUCAAAUAAAAACUAAAUUCUGUUUAUACUGAGAGUGUCAAAGCUACUUGAUACUUAUGUUAAAGCUUCGUGCUGAUCAUUUUUAGUUUUGUUGAAAUUGAACUGGAGUCGAAUCAAUCGAGGAGUUCAUUAUUGUUUUUGUAAAGUUAUGCAGCUAUAAUUUGUGCCGAUUGCAGAUUUUCGCUGAACUGUUUAACAUAAUAGUAGCUAAUUAUUAAUUUCUUCUAUUCCUUGAAUUGUUAAAUUAUCAAUUAAAUUAUCGGACACAUGAAUGUUGGAAAAUUAAAUCU